AUUUAUAAAAUUGAACGUCAUACGUUGAGGCAUUUGCGUGAAAUAUAUAGUGAAAUAAACAAAAUAUGUAUAUCCGUCGAUAAUUAGUGAUGGUUCUGUGGGACUUUCAUAAGGUGAUAGAAUAUCUCUUGCUCUCUCUACUGUCAGUUGUUUCUUUUAAAUGGCAACGCUUUUGUACUCAAAUUCAAAACUUUUUUCCUUGAGUGGGAGUAAAAUAUACAUAUCCAUACAUUUCAAAAGCUGAGACUAAGGCAAGAUUUAAACGAAACGAAAAAAAAAUGAAUCAUGCGCAUAAAGUGCAGUCGCCGCAUAAAGCUAGUGAUCUUGUGUCUGUCUUCGCUAUGCUUAGUUUGUUUGUUUUAUUGGAACAUGACAAGGUUGGAUUCGCAAUCGUCGAUAAGCUUGGAGGUGAACAGCGAGCUUCUUUGGUGGACUCAAGAUAUGAGCUGGCGUUACGACGAGAUCCGGCAUUGCGGUCUGAAAAUUUGCCGAGUGACUAACAAUCGGUAUCGCUUCCGGCAUUCUCAAAUGGUGCUCUUUUAUGGAUCUAAUUUAAAGCUAUAUGAUUUUCCAAUGCCCCGUUACGAUAAUCAACUCUGGGCUUUGUUACACGAGGAAUCACCGCGAAACGUGCCCUUUGUGCCCCAUGAUGAUUUCCUGCAACAUUUUAAUUUUACAUCUACAUUUAGUAGAUAUAGUAGCAUACCUUUGACCACGCAGUAUUUGCCCCAAGCAAGUGAUCUAACCCGUUCCGACAUACAUAUGGGCUUAUCCUCAAAGAAUGUGUAUCAGCAUGAUAUGAGUUUGGCUCCGGUAGUGUUUCUUCAAACUGACUGUAAUACUAUAUCUGGACGUGAAGAUUACGUGCGUGAGCUAAUGAAACACAUUCCAGUGGAUUCGUACGGUGGGUGCUUGCACAACCGAGAUUUGCCGGAGAGCAUGCAAAAUGAUUAUCUUAAUCAUCUAUACUCACCCACGAUACUACACUUUCUAGCGCGCUAUAAGUUUAUGAUUGCCAUUGAAAAUGGAGUAUGUGAGGAUUACAUCACCGAAAAAUUUUGGCGCCCACUAAUUAUAGGAGUGAUACCAAUUUAUUUUGGAUCAACAAGCAUACGCGACUGGCAACCCAAUAAUGACUCUGCCAUUUUUAUAGAGGACUUUCCCAACGCUGGAGCGCUGGCUGCAUAUCUUCAACAGUUGGAAUUAAACGAAACUGCCUACAACGCUUAUUUACAUCACAAGCUUGAUCUUGUCAAAGGAAUUCAGAAUCAGCGACUUAUACACGAAUUGAAGACACGUAGCUACCAGUUUCAAGAAGAUCGCACUAACGAUGAGAAUUCACUCUUUCGCAAAUUUGAAUGCGCAAUGUGUAAACGAACUAAACUUCCGCUCCAACAGGCUAGUAAACGCCACUAUAACUGCUCAUUUCCGCCAGUCCACGUACCUUUGAAAAAUCACAAAGAGCCGAAAUUUGCAGCUGAUUGGCGAUCGAUGAUGGGAGUUGGCCGUUGCCAAGCAAAAUUAUUGGAUGCGUUUUGGCGAACAAAUCUAAAUUACACAAAAAAUGAAUUUGAAUCUCGUCUGAAUGAUAUGUUGGACAAAAGAUUGUGCAAUUAGGCUGUGAAAGCAUUCCUUGGGUAGUAUUUUUUUGGCAAAAGACUUUUAAAAACAAAAAUUGAAUAUCAUCAAUACCAAAUAUACCAUAUAAGCAUACAUAAUAUUUUGUGAAUUCGUAACAAUUCUUCAAAUGCGUGUAACAAGUUGAAGUGGGCUUUGCAGAAUUCAUAAAAUAUAUAUAUUCUUGAUCAGUACGAUAAACUGAGUC